AUGGAGCAUCACAAGAGAUGGCUUAAUGAGAAAAUAGGACCAGAUGCUGCAAAUAGUGAACAUGACUUUACAAGGAAGAUACUUGCUAUGGAUGCUAAAAACUACCAUGCUUGGUCCCAUAGGCAGUGGGUUCUUCAAGCAUUGGGUGGAUGGGAGAGUGAACUGCAGUACUGCAACCAGCUUCUUGAGGAAGAUGUCUUCCAUAACUCAGCUUGGAAUCAGUAUGUUUUUUUGUUGUUGCAACGGAGAUACCUUGUGGUAACACGAUCACCAAUUCUUAGGGGCCUUGCGGCAAUGCGCGACUCAGAAGUAGAUUACACAGUUGAGGCCAUUAUGGUGAACCCUCAGAAUGAAAGCCCCUGGAGAUACCUCAGAGGUUUAUAUAAGGAUGAUAACAAUUUUCUGGUGGCUGAUAAUCGCAUUUCUGAUGCUUGCCACAAAGUCCUGAAUAAGGAUUGGACAUGCGUAUUUGCUUUGAGCUUCCUGCUUGAUCUUCUUCGCAUGGGUUUGCAGCCUUCAAAUGAUCUUAAAGGAACCAUCGAAGCAAUGGAGAACUCUGAUCCUGAAACGGGACAUGCUGAUAUUGCAGUAGCUGUCUGCUCAGUCCUGCAGAAAUGUGAUCCCCUGCGGAUAAACUACUGGUCAUGGUACCAGACCACUCUUUCUUCUUAGACAUUUGAAAAUUCAGCUGAAGAUAGUUUUAGGAGCAUGAUGUAAACUCAAUCGAAGGGGUUGACGCAGUGUAUGAAAAACCUUUCCUGUGAUCUUGGCGCGGAGCAAAAUUUGUACUGAUUUUACCGGGAAAAAUCAAUCAAUGACAGCAUGCCCAACAAUGUCUUGUGUGAAUAUGUUACUGCCUGAUAUUCACAUGUUAGCAGAAUGAGAAUAAACAACCAAACUCCAAUGAGCAGAUUGUUACAGUAACGGCCACUGGUGGUGUGAAAAUCCUGAAAUCUGCUUCAGUCACUUUGCCUUGUUUACAGUUGAGUCUGUUGUUGUGAUCUGUACCUAAUGCAUGUACACGAUCAUAAAAUUAUUAGUUUUUGUACCAAUGUGUGCUCGAUGUAAUCAUCAUGUAUUCCCUCCUUCCAAAAUACGAGUCAUAUAUAUUAGUUUUGUCUUAAUUUGAACUUACAUCAACACCUACAAUACCCAAUCAGUAUCAGUAGAUGCACCUGUUUUUGUAGUGUA